CGUAAAAAGGGUACUGAUUUCCUUCUUAAGAGACCCUCCUCUUGGGCAGUCUUUUCAAACCCCUCAAGCCCUCAAGCCUGACAGAGGAAGAGAUAGAGAGAGGAGACUGCUUCAGCUUCAUUCCCUCUUAGUGAAUUUGUUUACAUUCUUACAGAUAUUAUUAUACCCUUAAAAAACCAUUUCUUUGUUCUUCAAUUCUUUGAUUAAAGGAAAAUAAUUUUCACAUAUAAAUAGACAACCCACGCUUUUAUUACCAUUUCUUGUUUAGAAAAUAAGAUAAAGAGAGAGUUCCUUUUUUUUUGUCUGCAAUGGCACCAAGUUUUGAUUGUGCAGUUUCGAGUCUUCUAUGUGCAGAAGACGACAACAGCAUUUUUUAUGAUAAUGAUUACUUUGGUGGAGAUGCUGAGCUGGAAGAGUUUGAGGCAACAUGGAAUCAUAGAUUUUUUCAAAACUUGAAUCAAAACCGAGUCUUGAAUGGUGUUGAUGAAGAUGGGUUGCCAUUGCAGAGUGAGGAGUGUUUGGCUCUGAUGGUUGAGAAAGAAUAUCAGCAUUUGCCUAAUGUUGAUUACUUGAAGAGGUUACAAAGUGGAGAUUUGGACUUGGAGGCUAGAAAAGAAGCUGUUGAUUGGAUUUGGAAGGUUCAUGCCUAUUACGGUUUUGGACCUCUUUGUGCUUAUUUAUCGAUAAAUUACUUGGACAGGUUUCUCUCAGCCUAUGAAUUACCCAAGGGUAAAGCUUGGAUGAUGCAAUUACUAGCCGUGGCAUGUCUAUCUCUUGCUGCUAAAAAGGAGGAGACUGAAGUUCCAUUGAUUUUAGAUUUACAGGUGGGAGAAUCUAAAUUUAUGUUUGAAGCUAGAACCAUACAAAGAAUGGAGCUUCUAGUGUUGAGCACCUUGAAUUGGAGAAUGCAAGCAAUCACCCCAUUCUCCUUCAUGGACUAUUUCUUUUACAAGCUCAAUGAUGAUAAAAUCCCACUUAGAAGCUCAAUCUUGAGAUCAACCCAACUCAUCUCAAGCACAAUAAAAGGGAUUGACUUCUUGGAAUUCAAGCCUUCUGAGAUUGCAGCAGCAGUAGCAAUAUCUGUUGCUGUAGAAACCAGAAAAGUGGACACUGAUAAAGCAAUUUCUGUUCUCACUCAGCAUGUACAAAAGGAGAGAGUGCUGAAGUGUGUGGAAUUGGUUCAUGAUUUGUCAUUAGUUGGUGGGUCUGUUAAGGAAAGAAAUGCAUCUGACCCAUCUGUGCCUCAGAGCCCAAUUGGGGUGCUGGAUGCCGCAUGCUUGAGCUAUAAAAGUGAUGACACAACAGUUGGGUCAUGUGCAAAUUCUUCACACACACAUACCAGUCCCAAUACCAAAAGGAGAAAGAUGAACAGACCCUAUGAAGUGGAGCUGUAAAACUGAUGAACAUCAAGAUAAUCAAUACUCCUAUAUGUUUAUUAUUGUUACAUAGUAGCUUUGGGUGUGUUUUUUAAGGUGAUCAGGACCAAAAUGAAAACAAAAAGCACAGGAUGGGAGAAAGAGAGAGGAUAGAAAAUGUGGGGGAAAGGAGGGGAACAAAAGGCUACAUGAAUGGUAGUGUUCUUCAAUAAGUUGUGUCAUGAGCUGAGCAUGGAGGAUUGGUGAAUCAAGGCAUUUCAUGCUGUUGGCACCAGCUGUUAAAUAAUAUUAGACUUCUUAACCGCUAGUACUACUAGAAAGAGAGAGGUGGGAAAAUGGGAAUGAAAAAAUGAAAAAAAAAAAGUGUUUUUUCUGCUUUGUGAGAUACAGUUUGUUGUAGGAAGGAGAGGUUUUUUGGAGA